UGAAGAGAUGAACUUGGAAAGUAAUUAUCAUGGAGGUCUGUCGUCCUUCUUGAUCACAGAGUGACAGCGGAGGAAGCAACUACUGAUAAAUGCGACUCUCAUUCAGUCAACGCUCUUCUACAUACAGAGAUAUUCUCGACAUUAAAGUCACCGAUAGCAGAAGGAAAAUGCAUCGCUUUAUAGUACCAGCAGAUCUCGGCUUUUACAGCUUCAAAGAAGAGAUCGGAAAACUUUACGAGCUGUCCGUGUUGGAGUACACGCACGCCAUGUAUUUCAAAGACGAGGACGGUGACAAAAUCCUUUUAGAAUCUCAAGAAGACUGGCAGUUAGCGUUACUCUCAGCAAAAAAACAUUCAGAGGAGGAAUAUUAUGAUGACUGCAGAACCAAAUACUUCCUUCGUAUUUUUUCUGGGAAGAAAAGUUUCGCUGAUCAAAAAACCAAUGACGAAAACUCAUUAUACAACUGGAUAACUCAUCUUUUGAACAACCAGACUGUUUUUUUAUCAUACAUCUACACGUUUCUGACCUAUUACAUUUGAGCUAUGUAUGAUAUCUCUAGCCCAAUUGUAAUUGCCCUUUUCUUCCACCUUUUCCUUCAAAAAAAUCGCGUCUAUACUUUACGUAAAAUAGGUUUCGUUUUUUUUUUCAAACAUAUCAUAGAGCUAUACCAAUCAAUCGUGCUCAAAAUCCAUUCAUCACCUGUAAGCUGCU